AAGCUAAAAGGCACGCUUUCAGUGCUGUGCUGUAAUUUAUCGAUAAGUUUAGGGGUUGGCACAUAGAGCAUAAACAAUGAGGAAUAUAAACAAGGCGAAGUGUAAGGGAACUGUGCGAGUGGAGCAGUGGCUGGGCCGCGCGCGUCGUACAACUAGUGUCGUCGCGGGGCAAGGGAAGGAAACAAGAUUUUUACCUUUGUAUUUAAUGGUUGUGUUCUUUUGUCUUGCAGAUGGAGUGUUGGAAACGGUGGACCAGAAGAGGCAUAGGGUAUUUGGUGUAUUAGCGAGACAGUGGAAGGACUGUACGGAGAACUACUACAGACGCAGUAUGAUGCGUUGGAACAGAUUGGCCAAAUGGAGUGGCAGAUCAAAGAUUAGAUCAACGAGUGCAGGUACGUGAUGGAACGUUAGAGCAGCUGUCCGAGAGAGGAGCAGGAUAAAAUACUGAACGAGCAAACAGUGAAUGGACUAAACGAACACUACAAUUAUAAUUAAUUAUGAGAGCAACAGCAAAUCGUACAAAUAAACAUAAAGGAUAAAAAGAAGAUGGCAGUUUUGUUAUUGGCUGAUUGGAAAGAUGUUUGGCUCACAAUGGGCCGAUGGGAUAGGACAUCUACAUGUGUGAUGAUUCUGAGUCUGCAGUGACAAGUGACGGUGUGCUGUUUAUAUAGUUAAACUUUGUUAAGUGGUGUAAUUGUGUUUUAUUUUGUUUAGUUGAGUGUUGGUGAGGCGUAUGUUAUAUUGUGUUCGUAAUGUUAGUUUGUUGUCGCAUAGAUUGUCAGUAAAAUAUAUAUAGCGGCAGAACUUUAUGACUUGUGUUGUGUGUGUAGUGAGUUGGUUGAAUAGUUAUUGUUAGUUUCGGUUAUAGUGUGUGUUGAAAGGUGUGAGUUAGUUGUACUGGCAUAGUCACAUGUAGCCUCGUUAUUAUGACCAGCAAAAUGACUAUAUUAUGUGGUUAAAAGUGGCUUUUAAAUUCGUCUGUUUUGUUUUCUGCGCCUCAUGAUUUUCAAUUUGCUAUAUUUAAUUUGUAGAAGGGGCAGAGUUGCAGUUAAGUACAUGGAUAUUGGAGACUAGUGAGUAUCUUCAGAUUUGGAAUGGUUGUCGACUGGGCUGCCGAAUUUUUCGCGCAUAAGUGUCAUAAGGACGGAGUAGACAGUCUUUGAUAAAUUAUUUACCUUUUCUUCAAGCACCUUUGAGAUCUCCACUGAUCUCUGGAGGGCCAGAAGGAUUUCGCAGGGUGAGGCAUUGCUGCUUUGUUGCUGUUGGGUCUGCUCGUCCGCCUGCUGACGUCGAUGCUGGAACUGCUGAUGCUGCCGAUGCUGAUGUUGAUGCUGCCGCUGUGCAGAAGACUGCUGAGUAUUUUUGGCUGGUGUCAUCACUUUACUAAUUGCCUUCUUUUGCAGGUUGUGUUGGACUGGCUGCUGAUGCUUGUUUGAUCGACCAGGUACAGGUGACAGGGGCGCAGUCUCGGGUACCGGGCUGCGGAGAACUGCGCUGUACGUUGGCCUGUUGUUGGCUUCUGGAACCGAGGCAGUAGGAUGCACUGAGCCUGCUGGCUGCCCCUGUUGCUGGAGGCGGAGGCAUCUGGUGUCGGCGCGCUGCCUGUUGGUGCUGCUGCAUGUGCUGGAGAUGAUUUUGAAGGUUGUUCAUUUUGGCCUGGUGCAUCUGGCGGGAGUGGAGUAAUUUGCUUCUGGCUUCUUUGAACGAUGGGCAACCUUUGUAGCUGCUGAUGUGGCUGCCCAUGCAGUUGGCACACUUGGACGCCUCAUCUCUUCUUUUGGCAUGUGGUCGUUGGAUGGCAUCCAGCACACUUCAUACACACGAAAGGGCGACGGCAAUAGUUCUUGGUGUGACCAAAAACUUGGCACCGGUGGCAUUGGGCAGGAUCCGUUGGCUUUGCCUGCCUUCAACUUUAACUACCUGGAGACCCAGAGCUUGGAGCUGCAGGAUCUUGAGGUGUGAGCCACCAGUUUUCGGCUCAAUUUCCACUUCGAACAGGUUGUAUGGCUUGUUUGUAAAGUUGUUUUAAUGGCCUUGAUGAAUCUAGUUUUGUAGCCAAAUUCAGCAAGUUUAGCGGAGAUCCAUUCAGUAGGAGUGGUAUGGUGCAAAUGCCUGAUAACGACGCGCAGGCCUCUGUCUUUCCUCAAUUGGUGUGAGUACAGAUGUGUUCCAGCUUCGUUUAAGGUGUUGAGAAUGGCGUUGUAUGUACUUAGGCAGCUGCUGAUGAUGCGGACACCGUUGGAUGCACACUUGACCACGUAGCUGCCUAUACCUGGCGUAUUUUUAGUUUUUCCAAUAGAGGAAGAAUGGCAUCAACUUUUGGAAUGAAUAAAGGAGGUAUUUCUCCAACAUUACGAUCAGA